AUGUACCAGGCCUACAUCAUUGCGGCAUUCCACAAAUAUCCCGAAGAGGUGGCGAAACCAUUGCGGAAAGCAUUGUAUUACACGAAUUACGAUCCACAGCCAAAGGAGGCAUUGAAGUAUUACAAACAAGCGUUGCUGAUCGCUCGGGAUCUCCCCAUGGACCCUUUCAGUGACGAAGUCAUGGGACUGAAAAUUCAGGUCGCUGCAUUUUUGGAGAUGCACAACCAGUUCAAGACGGCGAUUGAUGUCCUGGAAGCACUUCGGAUACAGAAUCUGCAGUGGAUCGAGGACCACGGUGAGAAGGAUGCUUUGAAGAAGAUACGGACGAGGGUCCUCGCCAAAACAAUCGCUACAUCGGUCAAGCUUGGAGAGCUGUACGCGAACCCAACGAUCUGGGAUCGCGACACUGCAGAGGCACGGCUUGUCUGGGCGGUUGAAGCGGCUUUGAGAGAGAAGCAGCGGCGCAAGGACCACAAUGUCAGUGUCGAGAAAGAGGGCGAAUGGAUGGAUGACAGCAGCAUGGGCGCAGCAAUCGAGUCAUUGGCACAUCGCUACGAAGCAAGCGAUCAGCAUUAUCUUGCGUCACCCUUGUUCUUGAAGGCACUCACACUCUACCCAGCACAAGAUUGUCAUUCAGUCGUUCUGAUGAACAAUCUUGCAUCGAGCAUUGCACAACAGUCGCCCCGCGCCGCCCUUGCCAUUCAAGCGAAUGCAAACCCCAACUCUAUCGAAGACCGACCAUCUGGACCGUUCCCGACUCGUGAGUCACUGCUGCAAAGUGCUGCGAACUGGGCGCAGAAAGCGAUUGAUGUCGCUGCAGCCAUUGGGCCUCCGACAAGGACAGAAGAAUGCGAUAUGGGUUGCGCCGUUGCUCUGCACAAUCUUGGUGAAUUCGCAGAGAUGGCGAAAGAUGUUGCGACUGCUAAAAAGAGAUAUACCGAAGCCGUGUCCAUCGCCCGUGCAGUUGGGUUUACUGAAGGUGUCCAGGCGAGCUCUGCACGGCUGAAGGCUAUCGCGAAAGCCGAAUCAUGA